GUUGGACAUCGGAUGCAAGUGGACUUGUUUAAUUUUCAUUUCUCUACUGGAAGUGAGAUACUAUGAAUCUGAAAGUUGACUUGCCGGUACUUGAGUUACAGCCAGUGGUUUUGCUACGUUUCACCGUGAGGCUGAUAUGGACGGAAAUGAUUUCGCCCCCCUCAUUAAAAUCGAACCCAAACUUGAAGAAGCAAUCGAUUCCGAGCUUCAAGGAAAUAUCCUAGUAAGCAAUGAAGCAUUGGUUACAAUAAAGAACGAGAUUACCACUACUGCAGAAUGGUCCAAAUCGCUCGAUAAUGAAGAAGUACAACAAACUGAUUGCGAAUGGAAUGAUAAACCUCAAAUUUCGAACGAUUACAAAUGUGAUAUCGAUCAACACACAACGAAUCGUCCGCUGCAAGUUACACAUCAUUUCAAGCAUGAUAUUUCUGAUGGACUUAACUGUAGACGGUGGGUGGAGUGGGGUAAUAAACUAUAUAUUAAAGGACGCAGUUUAGCACCAAAACUUUCCAGUAAUGUAAAUGUGCUAAAAUGUGCUACUUGUGAUUAUCAGUCAAAUAACAAAUACUACUUUAAACUACACCUUUUAAAUCAUACCAAUUCCGAGACCAAUUCUAAAGUUUUUAAAUGUGCUUAUUGUGAUUACAAGACAAAAUACAAAGGCAACUGUAAACAACAUCUUCUAAACCAUAUCAAUUCUAAAGAUUUUCAAUGUGCUGAUUGCAAUUACAAGACACAUAACAAAUACUACUUUAACCGGCACCUAUUAAUACAUACCGGUUCUAAAAAUUUUAAGUGUGGUUAUUGUAAUUACAAGACAAAUAACAAACUCUACUUAAACCUGCACCUAUUCAAUCAUACCGAUUCCAAAAAUUUUAAAUGCGCUAAUUGUGAUUACGAGACAAAUAACAAAUACUACUUUAACAUACACUGUUUAAAACAUAAAGUUUCUAAAGAGUUUAAAUGUGGCUAUUGCAAUUAUGAGACACGUUACAAAUCCUAUCUUAAACAGCACCUUUUAAGACACACACCGUUUUUACAAGGAACAAAUUACUUGUUUACUUAAAUAUUGUUAUCAUGUAAUCAUAUAACAUGUUAUCAAUUUUAUCUCUUGCUCCAACAUUUUAACUUGUAAGAUUGUUUUAUUUUCUGCAACUUUUAGCUGUUAUAAGAUAUUAGAAUUAUAAAUAAACAUUUACUUAGUUUAGGAAACUCGU